UGUUGUUUUAUCAGUGUCAACAGCACCAGUAAGAAGAAGAAAGAGUUUUGACGUGGAUCUUCCAAACAUGAGUGGAGAAACAGCUUCAGUGUUGGUUUCUGGAUCAGAGCUCAGGUUGGUUCUGCUGGGGAGUGCUGGAUCUGAGAAGAGUGCAUCAGUAAACAUCAUCCUGAACAGAGAGGAGAAGAUCCAGACUGAUACAUCAACAGAGAUCCAGCAGAGUGAGAGCAGACAGGGGGAGGUGAAUGGGAAGCAGGUGACUGUGGUGGAAACUCCUGACUGGUUUUGCUCUGGUCUCUCUCUGGAGGAGGUGAGAGAGGAUGUAAGUCUCUGUGUCCAUCUGUCUGCUCCAGGACCUCACGCCUUCCUCCUGAUCAUACCAGUACAACAAUCUACUGGAGUAGAGAGAGCAAUGCUGGAGAAAACGGAGGAGAUAUUUGGGAAGAAAUGUUGGAGGAACACCAUGAUCCUUUUCACUGUUACUGAUGAAGAACAAAAGAAGAACAUUGAGGAUUUUGUCCAGUCAGGGAAUCAGGAGGUCCAGAGACUUGUAGAGAAAUGUGGGAACAGGUUUCACUGUCUCAACAUUCAUCAGAGUGGAGAUGAUUCACAGAUCUCAGAGCUGCUGGAGAAGAUUGAGAAGAUGGUGGAAGGAAACACAGAGAGAUUUUACAGCAGUGAGAUCUACCUGGAGAUUGAAUCUCAAAUCAGAGCGAUGGAGAGGAAGAUCAUAAGAGACAGAGAGGAGAGAAAAGAAAAGGAGGAGAGAGAGAUGAAAGAAAAAAUUGAAAAGGAGGUGCAGAGGUCCAUGAAAAAAAUAGAGGGAGCGAUCGAGGAACAUGAAGGAGAUAUUCAACAACUUAAUGAGAGAACAGGUGAACUAGAGAGACAGAUGCGAGAAGAAAGAGAUGAAGAAAAAAAGAAAGAACUAAAAAGAGAGUUGGAGAAAGAGGUGGAGAAGAGAUCAGAGCUGGAGAGAAAGAUAAAAAAACUGAAAGAUCAAAGAGAGAGAGAAAAGAUCGAGAUGGAGGAGAAACACAAACAGGAGAUGGAGGAGAUCAGACAGAUGUAUGAAGGAGAGAUUAAGGUGGAGACAGAGAGAAACCUCAUGAAGAUCAUCUUACCUGAACUCAAGAGAAACAUUUUGGAAUCAAAGUCAAAGAUGCAGGAGGAGUUUAACAGACAGAUGGAGGAGAAGAACAGAAAGAUGAAGACACUCGAGGAGAAUUAUUCAAUAGUAUGGGACCUUUAUGAGUCAGCAAUGAAGCAAACUGUUCAAGAAUAAAAAAAUAUAAAGAAUUAAUAUUAUUAAACAAAAAUGAGUGUGUGACACACAGCACAACUCAUCUAAAGUAUUCUCACGUUUUAGUGAGUUUUACUGAAAGUCAUUGCAAUAUGUUCAUAUUUUUAUAAAGGUGCCUACUUCGAAUUUGUACAAAAAACUUUUGCACUGCACUAAAAAACGAACUUUCACUUUUUCCAAUUUUACUAAAUCAUUUUAUGUUGUGAUUACUUAAAAACAUCAAUUUAACAAUGUGAACUUAAUUUAAUCUAGUUCAUUCAACAAAGGGUGUCUUCUCAACUU